AUGAUAUCUUUCAACAAUAACAAUAACAAUAAUUCUGUUACGCAGCAACAACAUUAUCAGCACCCGUCACAGUUCUAUUACUUGCAUCAGACUCGCAACGAAGCAGACUUGAACGACAACAUCCCGCCUCUUGCUUUCGACGACUCUCCUGAAACGUACCAGCUGCUGCAGACAAAUUCGGACUCUAUUCAGGACUUUGGCGAUCCCAUGCAGUCGGAUAGUUGGGGCGGACUCGCCCAGCUGACUCCCAAGAUCGGGCGAUUCUCACAUCAGAGAGAAUCCUCUCUAUCGUCGCUUGGCUCGGCAGGCCCCGCAUCGCCCUUCACUCAGAAUACUUCAAAUCCUCACAUCGCAAUUCCAGAUCAGACCUUUGACGGACUCCCUGAGAUGCAUUCACAGGACCUUGCAAAUGCUCAAGGGGGCUCGUACUACCAACUAGCCAAAUCGAUGGGUCCAGCGUCCUACCAGACAUAUCACGGCAUGGAUGGUGCAGUACCAGAGAUGGCAUAUCCCGUUACUGUAUCUGGUCCAGGGAAGAGACCACGCAUGGACAAGGCUCUUCUGCCGGCUCCCGAAUUAGCUGGAGCGUACAGAAGAUCUCACCCUGCGUCUGUUGCAAGUUCAGCUGCUGGAGACUCUCCAGCUGCGCCGGCCCUAGGCGAAGCUGAACACAAACCUCGCAGAAAGAAUGGUAGGACCCAAUGUUACCUCAAAUAUUCACAGGCGGGAGAUGCUGAUCCGGCUUCGGAUUUUUUAGACUAUGGUCACAUUCCAAAGCUCGACCGAACCAUGACAGAUGUGUACGGGGAUGAGCUCUACAACCCGAACUUCACCAUUACAUCCGCGUCUUCGCCACCACCACACUCCACUGCCUCAACUGGAAGUGAUGUAUUCAGUCAGCGAAUCUACGCCGCGAAUCAUCAACACUUGAGUGCUGCUCACUCGCCAGCGUCUACAGCUUCCCGAGCUCGAUCACCAUUUCGAACUGGGUCCCCGUUCGCUGCAUCCUCUACUCAGCAAUUCAACAACUCUCGGCCUGCAUCCGGAGGACAUAGCCAACAUGCUCAACAUUCCGUUUCAAAUCUGGAAGGUGCAGUUGAGCCGGAGACACCAAAGACAAUCUCGCCAAAAGACGCUGUUUUGGAAUUCAACGAAUCGGAAGGAGAUGGAGUGUUUCCUCUAUUUCCUCACGAUUCGUCCAAUUUUGAAAUCGAGUCGCUCUCCAAAUCAAUCCCCUCUGACCCCAAUGGAUCUUAUAUCGGACCAAAUAUGGUGAAUCUUCACUCAAGUGAGCAAUUUGGGUAUUUGCCUUCACAGAUGCCUACUGGCAUCCAGGUCCCACAGCAGUAUCCCUUCAUCGCACGAACUACAACCAGUCAUGAUACGCCGCCUCGGCUGAGUUCGUCUGGGGCAAGCUCCGUUGCCUCUGGGGGAAAUACGCCAGCUUCUCGGGGUAGACCGACAAGCACAGGAACUGAAGCCGGAACAUACACGUGUACCUACCACGGAUGUACAAUGAGGUUUGAAACGCCAUCAUUGCUUCAAAAACACAAACGGGAAGGCCAUCGGCAGUCUCAAGGUCUAGGAGCACCCAGGGUUCAGGAUAUGGGUAUGAUGUCUGGCUUGGCCAAUACACAGGCUGGACCACACAGAUGUGAUCGAAUCAAUCCUAGCACGGGAAAGCCAUGCAGUACAGUCUUCUCAAGGCCUUACGAUCUAACUAGACACGAAGACACCAUCCACAACGCGCGGAAACAGAAGGUGCGCUGCAACCUCUGCACUGAGGAAAAAACAUUCAGCAGGGCAGAUGCACUGACCAGGCAUUAUCGAGUGUGUCAUCCUGACAUGGAAUUGCCUGGAAAGGGUCGACGUCGUGGAUGA